GGGUUAUCAUUUAUCAAGGGCAUAAGAUGGAAAAGGAAGAGAAAAUUAGUGGAGGCGACGAUAUAAGCAGCCGACUCGCAGUUUUAAGCUCUCACUUGAUCACUCCAAGCCCCAGCACUAUGUCUGAGAAGGAGGCUGCUCUUGCUGCCGUACCCUCUGAUUCCCCCACCAUAUUUGACAAGAUCAUCAACAAGGAAAUACCGGCUAAUGUGGUUUUUGAGGACGACAAGGUCCUUGCUUUUAGGGACAUUAGUCCCCAGGCUCCAACACACAUUUUGAUAAUUCCCAAAGUUAAAGAUGGCUUAACUGGAUUGUCGAAGGCUGAAGAGAGGCACUGUGAGAUUCUUGGUCAGCUUCUCUACACUGCCAAGCUUGUUGCUAAACAGGAAGGCCUGGAGGAUGGGUUCAGGAUUGUGAUUAAUGAUGGGCCAAAAGCAUGUCAAUCGGUCUAUCACAUUCAUGUCCACCUCAUUGGAGGAAGGCAAAUGGACUGGCCCCCGGGCUAACAAGAUCUAGUCUGAGAAUCUCUAUGAAACUUAUACUUGGCCUGUACGUUGUAGCUUUUUAUAUCAUUGGAGAUCUAAAACCAGAACUUUUUUAAAUUAUAAGUGCCACAUGAUAAUCUGGCUAGCCAUUGAUGGCAUUUGCUUCUGACAUUUAAGGCUUUGUGUGAGUUGAUAUAUUUUUCCAGUGAAUGUCAAAAUUGGUUGGUGUGCA